AUGGUAGCUGAGCGUGUAAUUCAUGAAAAUAAAAUAGACAAGGCUAUUGCUGGUCAGGCCGAAGUGGCAUUACAUGGUUCGCUGCCGCUCACGGAAUCCACCUCAUCAGUGACGAUUUUUGGCAGAUUAGCUGCCGAUCAAAAACUCCCAUUCAGAUGGAGGGAACUCUACCACAUAUUCGAACCUAAUCGCCGAGACAUAGAACACUACACUCCUCAGGAGAUAACGCGCAGAAUCACACAACAGCCUUUCAACGUCCGAAUAGACAGGUAA